AAAAAGGAGAGAGAGAGAGAGAGAGAGAGAGAGAGCAACAGAGAGAGAGAGAGGGAGGGAGAGGUAGAGCAGGGGUGAGCGAGCAAAAGGCGCACAGACCGAGAGGGGAAGAGAGAGAGGAGCGGAGUUAAUGGAGAGGGCUCGACAACUGCGCACAAACACAGAUUUGAUCAGUGAGUUUAACUCGCCGGUGCUGGUCAGUGCGCGCUGAAGCCAUCCACUGCAACAAGCCCCGCGAGCGCGAGCGCGAGCCCGGACCAGCCUCCACUACUUGUUGAGCCGGGCUGAAACGCUGACUUACUUUUUUUUUUUUUUCCUUUUUUUUUCUUUUUCUUCUUCUUCUGAGAGGAAGAAGUUCAGGAACUCUGCGUGGGACCGGAUUCCAUUUUGGACGUAUUUAUAUGACAACACCUUUGUUGCAUUUUUGUAAUGUGGGGUGAUCGGAAGCGAGCGCGGAACCUGUGGAUUUAACUGAAAGGAGAAGAAGAAAAAAAACGACGGGAUUUGGGACAGGUUGUUUCUUGCAUUUUGACUUGUGCCGUACUUCGGCGUCCAUGAACAUUCGCUGAAGAGACAACUCAAAAACAAAACAAACAAAAAAAAAAAAAAACAAAAAACAAGAAGAGCAGCAAUGGAAGUAAGCGCGGACCAGCCCCGAUGGAUGAGCCAUCAUCCCGCGGUGCUGAACGAGCAGCAUCCCGGCUCACAUCACCCGGGUCUCAGCCACUCGUACAUGGACCCUUCGCAGUAUCCCCUCGCUGAAGAUGUGGAUGUACUCUUUAAUAUCGAUGGACAGGGGAACCACGUCUCUCCAUACUAUGGAAACUCUGUUCGAGCCGUCCAGAGGUACCCUCCUCCUCCACACAGUAGCCAGGUGUGCCGUCCCUCGUUACUGCACGGCUCUCUGCCCUGGCUGGAGGGAAGCAAAGGAAUCCCACCGCACCACAGCACUUCUCCCUGGAACCUGAGCCCCUUCCCCAAGAACCCCCUGCACCACGGCUCCCCGGCCAGCCUGUCCGUCUACCCCCCGGCCUCCUCCUCCUCCCUGUCCACCGGACACUCCAGUCCGCACCUCUUCACGUUUCCCCCGACCCCUCCGAAAGACGUGUCCCCGGACCCGGGCAUAUCCACCCCGGGCUCCAGCAGCUCCGGGCGGCAGGAGGAUAAAGAGUGCAUAAAGUACCAGGUGACCCUGGCUGAGACUAUGAAACUGGAGUCAGCUCACAGCCGGAGCGUGGCAUCCAUCGGGGCAGGGUCAUCCUCUGCCCACCACCCCAUCGCCACAUACCCACCCUAUGUCCCUGAAUACGGCCCAGGCCUCUUCCCACCAAGUAGCCUGAUAGGUGGGUCAUCUUCUAGUUAUGGUUCCAAAACAAGACCAAAAACAAGGUCCUGUUCAGAAGGUAGAGAGUGCGUGAACUGCGGGGCCACGUCGACUCCGCUGUGGAGGCGGGACGGUACGGGUCACUAUCUGUGUAACGCCUGCGGACUCUACCAUAAGAUGAACGGGCAGAACCGCCCUCUCAUCAAACCCAAGCGGCGGCUGUCCGCAGCCAGGCGGGCGGGGACGUCGUGCGCCAACUGUCAAACGACAACGACGACGCUGUGGCAGAACGCCAACGGGGACCCGGUGUGUAACGCCUGCGGCCUCUACUAUAAACUGCACAAUAUCAACCGACCUCUGACCAUGAAGAAGGAAGGCAUCCAGACCAGGAACAGGAAGAUGUCCAGCAAGUCCAAGAAGAGCAAAAAGUCCCAAGACAGCAUGGACGACUUCUCCAAGAGCCUGAUGGACAAGAGCAGCUCGUUCAGCCCGGCCGCCCUGUCCCGCCACAUGUCCUCCUUCCCUCCGUUCUCGCACUCCAGCCACGUGCUGACCACCCCCACACCCAUGCACCCCUCCUCCAGCCUGCCCUUCGCCCCCCACCACCCCUCCAGUAUGGUGACAGCCAUGGGUUAGAGCCCGAGCCUCCCCCCCCCCCCCCCCCCCCCGAACGGCCUCGCCACUGAAGUCCACCUCCAGCCCGCCGCCGCCACGCCCUCCGGUACCUCCGCUGACCUGCUUCCAGAUCCUCCAAGACGAACGGCGCCCUCCGCGGUCCGAUCUCGCCGCCCGUGUUGCGUUGCAGCACGCCGGCCUUCGGCUCCCCCCCUCCCCUCCCCUCCCCCCACCUUCGGUUCUGUCUUAUUUUUUAUAAAAAUCAAAGUGUACCUCUGCGAUGUGAAUGCUUUGCAGACUUGACUGUGGCGCGCUGACCUCCCGGAGGGGGGCACCACCCUUCCCAUCCACCUCCCCCCCCCCCACCCACCACCUAACACGGAGCUCCAUUUGUGUACAAAAAGCCAUCCCCCCCCCCCCUCCCGUGACGGCCGCUCCCUCCAUCUCCUAACCUCUCCUCACCUGUGCAACAGGAAGCCCCCCCCCCCCCCCCUCAUCCCCCCCCCCCCCCACCCCCCCUUCCUCCUCAUCUUCUCCCGCUGGAGACACUGACGUUGAAUAUAUUUGUACAAAUUGUAUGAAAUACAGUACAUUUAAUGAAGACUUUUUAAUUAAGCAGCAAGAGGAAAAAAAAAAAAAUGGAGACAUGCCCGUGGGCAGCUAACGACGAGAAGGGUACGAGUCGCAGCAGGUGGAGA